UCAUUUGUUUCUUUCUGUUCUGGUUCCUUACGAUUCCAACUAAGUGUUACCAUGUUGAUCAAUUUAUUAUUAUUAUUAAAACAAUUUUAAUUUAGUUACACUCAUUAAACAACUUUCUGAUUCUUGACUUGGCGUUGGCACUGGUUUUUAGGUACUUUUUAAAACUCCCUCUGCGACAAUAGUCGACACAUCAACCAACCAUCAGACACCAAAAAGCUUGAACAAAUCGCUAAUCAGAAUCAAAGUUUUUCUUAUAUAUUUAACGGGGAAGAAAAAAUUUUCACUAUAAAUCAGUUUAUCGAUUCCCGAUGGAAUCUCAGUCGCCUUCGAGUUCGUGUAAACAGUGUACAGAAAAUCAGUCCAAUAUUUAUAUUACCUGUGAUUGUGCUCGAAAUCAACCACCAACCCACGGACCUUUAACAAGUGAAGGUAUUAAAGGUGAAAAAGGUGCUAUUACUGAUUCAGCUAAAUCGCAAUCAACUGAAUCUAAAUCAUAUCGAACUGCGAAAACAGUUAUUUACGAUAUCGUAAGAAUCUACGAAUCAACUCCUCCCAGAACAAUGAAGUAUUUGGCUUUGAUUUCAUCUUUGAUCCUUUUCUUUGCGGUUCUUUCACUGGUUCUGGCUCAACGAGAUGAAGCUGCGCAAUCGAAAUACGGAAUGGCUUUUCCAAUUGACGAAUCAUCUGCAUCCGCUAAUAAGGCCGAUGGUCGAGUUGCUGCCUCACUAACAAUCGCUGCCACGGUUUCUGGUGUUCCCGGUGAAUCUUCCGGUUUACCAAAUGCUGAAGAGUCUUCGAGGGAAACGUCAACCGUUUUACCCUCGACAACAAUUACCAGUGUUGGUGAAGAAAAUUCAACAAAAUCUACUGAUUCAGAUUCUGAUUCAUCUGAUUCAUCUUCUUCCCUUUCUGGUAAUGAUGAUGAAGAAAAGGGUGAAACCGGUGAUCGAAAUCCAAGAAUCGUUUUCAUUGAGAGACUCAUGGGUCUUCAUUUAUCGGCUCCUUUACGUUCUGCCCCAGGAUCAGAAGGAAAUCCAUUGUUCUCAGCUUUGAAUGCCAAUGAUUCUGAUAAAGAUUCAUCUGAAUCUUCAGGCUCACCUUUAUCAUCUUCAUCUCUCGUCUCAUCUUCUGUAAAUGGUUCAUCAACAGCAUCGGCACCAAAGGAAAAUGAAAAAGACAAGGAAACCAAAAACUCAUUGGAUAAAGUGAACGCUAAAUGGGCAAGUCGAAUGCGUAAAUUUACAAUUCCAAUUUCAUCUGGAUCAAGUUUCUCAAAUUCUGAUUCUGAUUCAAGUGAUCCAAUUAAUCCUUUAUCCGAAGUUGGACCCAAUCCAAUGCUUCGUUAUGCCGCUGCAGCCAUGAUGUCCCGAUUGAUUGCUGCUGCUGCUCGAGCUCAAAUGGAAGCUCAAGCUCGUGAGGCCAUGACAAACACUUUGAUCGUUCGAGCUGAAGGCAAAGAUAAAGAUGAAGAAUCGGAUGACGAAACUGUUCCCGUUAUCGUUGCAACAAUGAGAGAUGAACGAUUAGUUGGUCCAGGACGAUUACCUUUACCUCAAGCACCACCAAUGUAUGGACGACCAAUGCCCACUGGUCGAGCCUCAUCGUUGAUCCGUCAACACAUGGGACCACAACAAGAGAAUUCACUUCCCUCUUUUGCCGCUCAUCAUGCUCACCAUCAUGUUCACCAACAUCCACUUGCUUCAGCUCGAUCACUUCCCGGUGGUUUACCCGCUAUGAGCCAACGAACCUUCAUUUCAUCUCCACCUCCACAAGGUCCAACUUCAGCGUCUCAAAUUUUAUCUUCAGUCCAUCGAUCACCUCUUGGACCAAUGGUAAUCCAACGACGAGGAGGAAAUGACAGAAACACAUCACCCUCAGGAAAAGAAUCAGGAAACAAUCAAAAUGUCCAACCCGUUCUUGUGAUGCUCGCUGUUCCCGUUAACUCUGGGGAAAAUGGUCGAUCACCAAUCCCUGAACAAUCAAGUUCAUCUUCGAACUACCCUGGUUACCAUUCAUCACCAUACGCUCGAAGUCAUGUUGGACCUUUCUACCCAUCCGUUCCCUAUUCCGUUCCUUACAUGCGACCAUCUUACUCACCCGCUCCUCAAGCAGCCUACGCUGUCCCUGUUCAUGUUCCAGUUCCCGUUUCAUAUGGACCACCUCCUCCUCCACCAAGUGCCGCUUACUAUCCAGCUCAACGUCCCAUUUACCAUUAUCCCGUUCAACAACGAUCAAUGUCAACUGCCUAUUCACACCCAAGACCCGUUAUCGAGGUUCCAGUUGACGUUCCCUACCAUGUACCAGUUCAAGUUCCAGUAACCAUGAGAUCUAUGGCUGCCCAUCCUCACCAUGUAGUCGCCCCUCCACCACACCCACACCCACAUCCACACCAUGGACCAGGAUUUGCUUACCAACAUCAACCCGCUCUUGUCCAUCCAAUGUCUCCAUCAGAUCAAGAUCCAUCAGGUUCAGACCAAGAUCAUAUCGUCCUCUUAUACGACGCUGAGAUUCACCAUGGUGAAGGUGGCCCAGGAUCCGCUGGCGAUGACAUGGACAAUUCAGCCUCAGAUGGACCAAAAUCAAAUGGACCAACAUUCAUCAUCAGUCGUCCUCCAAGUGGCCCAUCUCCAUCCUCGUCCCCAAUGGUUACACCAAACAAGAUGAAACUCUGGCGAGAAAUAAUCGCCGCCAAACAAGCCGCUGCUUCCUCCCAACAACAAGGAGUCCGUUUCAUCCCAAUUACAGUUGCCAGUCCUGAAGAUCAACAAUCUCCAUCUUCACCCUCUUCCCAUUCAUCUCCAUCAUCCCAACCCUCACCUUCGGCCUCACAAAUCUCAUCUGUACAUCAUCAACCAUCACCAAGCCACUCGUACCCUCAUCAUUUCGUAGCCCAGCCCAAUGGACCUCGAGAGCAAACAUCCGAAACUAUCCCCCAACCAGCAUUUAUCGUUCUCGCUGACCAAGAAGAGCAUUAAACUGACCAAGAUGAUUAAAUAAAAAAGAUAUAAUCGAGAUGAUCAAUUUCGAUCUCGUUCUCCUUCCCAUCCAACAUCCCACUUCCUACAUUUUCCUCUUUCUCUCGACCUCUAAACAAAAUUUUCCUCCUUCAAUAUAACAACAAUUGAAAUCGAAAACAAAAGGUAGACAGAAAUGAUUAACUAAUUUUUUCUCUCCAAUUUUUAAACAAUCAACUUCCCAUCACAUCCACUUGAUCUUCAUCAUCACAAUCAUAAUCAUCAUCAACGUUAAUCUUUCAUCUUUACUAUAUCCGGUCAGUAGACACAAAAAAAUCAACUACGAAAGUCAAACCAACAUAUCAAUUAAAUGAUAUCAAUUAAGGAAAUGGAUUUCAAUCAGAAAUGAAGACAAAACCAAAAUCAAUCAUGAAAGUUAAUCUUCAACACAAUUAAACAACAAUUCAAACCUGGAACAGAAUUAAUUGAAUUAAUUGUAUCCAAUAAUUGAGAUGAAGGAAACAAUUUUUAUUCUAAUCAAUCAAAAAAGAUGAUUAAUUGUAACGAUCAACAAUUAACUAUAUUAUCCUUUUUUUUUAUUGUCUCUCAUUUUCACUUUACAUUGAGAAAGAGGAAUCAUCAAGAAAUUAACAGUUUCUAUUUAAUGAUAAUAAUAAAUCAACAUCAAUUUAUUAAUCAUAAUCAAUAUGUUGAUAUAAUUGUUGACACUUGAA